AAAGUUUAUUAAUUGUAUGCACCUAACAUUAUUUGACUUUCUCAAACUCAAAAUACACAGUUCUCUUGAUUUUUGUAGGCUGGGAAAAUCUUUGGAAGCAAAUCAAGAUUCAAUAUCCAUAGUAAGCAGCUAUGUCUUUAGCAAUUUCUCAGCUUUCUUGUUUUUCUUCAAUCAAUCGCAGAUUAGUACAGUUUCACAGUCGACCAUUGCAACCAUGUUCUACUUUUUCCUUAAAGGUAAUCUCUAUGAGUAACGAUGUACAUGGCACAGAUGAAUCCAGUUUAAAGAGCCGGACCACUUUAAGUUAUGCAACUGAUUCAUCGCAAUCACUUAAUGGGACUUCAUCAAACUCAUAUUCUGCACCAGAAGAAUAUGUCUCUGAGAAAGAAAUAAAUGAGUCAGUGCAAGAGAACUCCAGCAGCCAGCCAAAAAAGGCUGCAAAAAUUCAUGAUUUCUGUUUAGGAAUUCCCUUUGGUGGUUUUGUUUUCACGGGAGGAUUUAUUGGUUUUAUUUUCUCAAGAAAUCCUGCCACAUUAAGCAGUGGUGUUCUUUUUGGAGGUGCAUUAUUGGCCCUCAGCACCAUUAGCAUGAAGGUGUGGCGGGAAGGGAAAACUAGCUUUCCGUUCAUAUUGGGUCAAGCAGUACUUGCUGCGACCCUUCUGUGGAAGAAUAUGCAGACCUUCUCACUGACAGGAAAAUUGUUCCCUACUGGCUUCUUUGCUGCCAUCAGCGCUGCAAUGUUCUGCUUCUACUCUUAUGUGAUACUCUCUGGGGGUAAUCCACCACCUAAGAAGUUGAAGGCAUCUACAUCAGGGGCAUAUUAGUGAAAAUCUCGACACCUGUUGACAGUUUUAGAGUGAGCAAAUCUGUUAAUUUGCGCGAGUUACAUGUUGUCUAUGAGGGAGAGUGAACAACGUUUCGAUAAUGUUGGUCUUGGAAUGUAGAAUGAAUUUGCUAAAAUGUCAUAGGAGUUUGUUCAUUAGCAACUUGCUGGUGGCACAAUGAAUGUUAUAAUAGUUUGGAUUAUACAAAUUGUUACUUAUGUAUGAAUCAUUUUAAGUACUUGAAGCAUAGAAUACAGUAUUUUCUCUUCA